AUGCUAUCACGAAUUGCCAAGAAGUGUGCAGGCCUCCCCGGAAAUAGAUAUUCUUUUCUUGUUAGCUCUCUGAGGAGGUACUCAGGAAUUGACCUCGAAAAACCUUGUCAGGAGUUGAAUUUUAUCGACGGUCGUAGGCAAAAUCCUGUCAGCAGUGAAGGUGAACACGAGAUCUAUAUCAUGGAGCCAGCCACGGGAAGGAUUCUCUGUGAAACGCAUGGAUCGGGAAAACCUGAAGUGGAUCGCGCUGUUCAGUCAGCAAAGGAUGCUUUCAAUUCGUGGUCUGCGAUGUCGGGGAUGGAACGAGGGAAAGUUCUGCGCGAAGCUGCUACUAUUAUCAGGUCAAGAGUAAAGGAUUUAGCGACAGUAGAGGUCACUGACAAUGGUAGGUUGCUUUUUGAUAGCUGUUAUGUGAAUGCAAUUCUGGGAAAUCAGGUACUUUCUCGGAAAUUAUCUGACGUUACAAGAUAAUCGUAAGUGAAAGGUACGUGUACUAUCGAAGGAAAGAAUGGAAUGGAAUGGACUGAGAUGAACUGGACUCCGUUGACAGAACUAGGGACCCCAGGUUUUCUUGUUUCAGGAAUGUUUUUACAUAUUUGUUAUUAACGUUCUUAUUUUCAUUUUCAAAUUGUGCCUCUAAACAAAGGAAGCACUUUGUUGCAAAAGCUAUUCAUAGCUGAUUAGAGUGGAUAUGUCACAGUUUCUAUACCAUACCUGCCAACUCUCCUGGUUUUCCAGGGAGCCUCCAAGUUUUUCAUCAAAUCUCCCGGGAAAUACCUACAGCUGUACCAUGCCCUUAUUCAAAAUUUUUUCAUUAAUUUUGUUAUUUUUCCAGAUGUCAAAAAGGAAAAUAGAAAAUAAAAGAAGAAGUGGAUUUAGUGCUCUUAUUUUAGCUGUUCUCAAUUGGAAAACGUAAAACAUAUUGUUAACGUGUAUCGUAAUUGCUCAGAAUUCAACCAAUCAAAUUGCACAAUACAUGGUAGAAAGUUGGCACAGUUUUCGCCUGCUGUUAUCUAGGCUGAAAACAUCUGGAAGACCUUUGGGUAAUAUUUUGGAAAGUAUGUCGAAAAUUACAUUCUUAGUACAGUGCAAAGAUUUCUAGACAUCUCCAGAUUUUUGUACACCGGGGGUUCACAGGUGUGCUAUACCCUGAAAAAUUUAGCCCAAAUUUCUCUAUCCAUGUUAAAUUUCUACUUCCUCCUUUCUAAAUCAUCCUUAAUCCUUUAUUUAGCAAUUAUUGGUUGAGUGUAGUAUAACAAAUUAUGCAUAUUGAGGGGGUUUUCAGCUUUAGUGAACACUCCCUUAGUUGAUCAGAUCAGAUUAGAUCAGAUCUGAUCAACUGCUGUGACACAAUGACAAAUGGUUAAAGUUAGUACUUGGUUUGAUCCACCCUUUUCCAAUACACAUUUUGUCAACAGCCUCUUUAUGCUAUUUUACCAGUCAAAGUGUAUAGUUGCUAGAUAUACCAGCUAUAUAUCCAUGACCUUUAAUCUCUAUCAUUUAACCUCAUAUUUUUCCAUUCUCCCCUUAGGCAAAGGUUUGGGCUAAAAGGAUCAUAAACUCAUAUAUAAUUAUGUUCCCUUACUGGAAGCAACAGGUUGCUUGCUUGUGAAAAUAGGCAUAAAAAUGUAUCUCCUAUAGAGUGUUUUCACUGUGACAUUGUCAAUAUAGUGAGGCCCUCUGAAUUCUUAUGUAUACCAGGUUGUAGGGAACCGAAANAUAACAAAUUAUGCAUAUUGAGGGGGUUUUCAGCUUUAGUGAACACUCCCUUAGUUGAUCAGAUCAGAUUAGAUCAGAUCUGAUCAACUGCUGUGACACAAUGACAAAUGGUUAAAGUUAGUACUUGGUUUGAUCCACCCUUUUCCAAUACACAUUUUGUCAACAGCCUCUUUAUGCUAUUUUACCAGUCAAAGUGUAUAGUUGCUAGAUAUACCAGCUAUAUAUCCAUGACCUUUAAUCUCUAUCAUUUAACCUCAUAUUUUUCCAUUCUCCCCUUAGGCAAAGGUUUGGGCUAAAAGGAUCAUAAACUCAUAUAUAAUUAUGUUCCCUUACUGGAAGCAACAGGUUGCUUGCUUGUGGAAAUAGGCAUAAAAAUGUAUCUCCUAUAGAGUGUUUUCACUGUGACAUCGUCAAUAUAGUGAGGCCCUCUGAAUUCUUAUGUAUACCAGGUUGUAGGGAACCGAAAAAUGAAUCUUUGUAGAAUUUUUCAGCCCUGUAGUGUCUUCUAUUUUAAAAAUGUGACACCACAAUGAGUGGUAGCCUCAGCAAAGAUGUCUGGUUAAAGAAAGCUAUCUUAUUAUGAUUUUCGGCAGAUGUCAAAAUGGGAAAUAAAACAAGAAGUGGAUUUAGUGCUCCUAUUUGAGCUGUUCUCGAUUGGAAAAUGUAAGGCAGAGCAAGCAAAUUGAUAUAUAUUUAAGGAGUAUUGUAAUUGGUCAGAAAUCAACCAAUCAAAUUGCACAAUACAUGGUAGAAAGUUGAUAUGGUUUUUUGCACUCUGUUAUUGACAUCAGGAACAUUCGGAAGGUAUUCGGGAUAUUUUCAGAAAGUAUUCAGACCUUGAAAAAUGGACAUUCUUACAACUCAAAGAUUUCUAGAUGUCUCCAGAUCUUUGUACUCUGGGGGCUGGCUGGUAUGGGUGUCCCAUCAUGUUGGUAUCAUGUUGACACCAUGUUGGUGUCCCUGAUGUUGGUACACCAGCAGAGGCCCCGCCAGGGCCUGCCAUGUCUUAUGUCGGGUUUAUAAAUGCUUCACGUCGCUGUCAAGAAUUGAAUGAAAAUUCUUUUCUUGGUCAGAAUUUUAGAAAAGGGGGAUAGUGAUGCAUUAUAAAGAAACCAUUACAGUUCUGCAAUUUCUCAGUUAACAUUUCUCAUAUCAAACACCUAUACAUUGCCAUUCACAAUUAACACAAUUCAUAGGAGGGUCCAUUGAAGCUCACUGACAAUAGAUGCUCUCUGUAGCGCAAGGUGAAUUGACAAAAAUUACUUCGUCCUGUCGCAAUUUGGCUAAAGGUAGGUAAUCUCUUGUCACAAUUUCAUUUUACACUCUGUUGCUACUUUUUGAGUCAUGUCGCUUGUUGGAAUUUACCCUGGCAGGGCCUUCCAGCAUGGCAUCCCCAUACACAGCUCUCUAAAUUUGCGUGAAACAUUUUGGUAAACAACUAAGAAACGAUGUGCUGCACAGACCUGAGACUUGGAUAUGUUGUAUAUUUAUGAGUCUUCUGUAGCAUUUCAUUUUCUUGGCUUCUUUCAUGCAACAGUUUCAAAGUCAUUUUUUUCAUUGUGUGACAGUGAAAACACUCUAUACCAGUAAAGGACCUCAGUUUGGUCAGGAGACACUCAAUCUGCCACACUGUGCAUGAUAUGUAUUUAGUAGUUGUGUAUCAUGAGUGAAAAGAAGUAUGCAGACCCUGGUGACCCUUGAGAUUAAAACUUAUACCCAGCAGAAUUUAAGGAGGAGUGAAGCUCUCUGAGUCUUUCUAAUAAAUGAUAAUGGUAAUACUUUUAUCUUUUACACUACAGGGAAACCAUUUCAUGAAGCAGUAUGGGAUAUUGAAGGUUGUGCAGAUGUUAUUGAUUACUAUGCUGGUCUUGCACCUACCAUCAGCGGAAAGCACAUCCAGCUUCCUAAUGGGAACUUUGCUUACACUAGAAGAGAGCCAUUAGGUGUUGUAGCAGGUAUGGUACAGACUUGAAUCUUUAUUCACACUUAAGCAACUACAACAACAACAAACAAUAAUCUUUUUUUUCCUUGUUUCAGUUUUACAAAAGUGCGCUGGCCUGCAGGUAGCUAGCUAGAGCUAUUUUUCUAUUAUCUUGACGGGCCAGUCAAUUUGCGUGUCCCCUCGAAGGGAAUAAUUUUACUAUUUUAUGUGUACAUGUUUAUCUAAAUAUAAUGCAGAAGGAUAUUUAUACAAAGGAGAGGAAGAAUUUACCGUACGUAUAAAGGAUUUGCAGUAAAUAUAGUUUAACAGGAAAAGAAGGCCAUAGUAUCAAUUCAUACUCUCGUUACUGAGGAUUUUUCCUUAGAAAUGGGGCACGAUCCAUUCAACCAAAAUUCCAACUGGUCUGACCGGGAAAAGUGGUCCACCUCAAAAGGUGGACCCGUUUUUUCGAAACUUUUCCGGUUGGACCGAACCGAUCCAUUCAGUUUUGGACCGAAAUGUCAGGAAAUUUUGGUUGAAUGGAUCCUGCCUAUGAUCUACAGUGUACCUCAACUGCCUCAAUCAAGAUACCAUCCCAUAAUUAUCACAUUUCUCUGCAGUCAAAGCACUAUAGUUAAAACUUAUCUCAAGACCAUAUUGUUUUUCAUUUUAUUCAUUACCACUCUAACAAUUUUUUUUGUUCUUUGCUAACAUGCAUGCAGGCAUUGGAGCAUGGAACUACCCAUUUCAGAUCUGUACCUGGAAAUCAACUCCAGCACUAGCUUGUGGGAACACUAUUGUGUUCAAGCCCUCGCCACUCACCCCGUUGACAGCUAUCUUGAUUGCUGAGAUAUUCACUGAAGCGGGACUUCCCAAUGGAGCCUUAAACAUUGUUCAGGGCGGAGCUAGUACUGGCCAUUUGCUUUCAUCACAUCCGGAUGUAGACAAGGUUUCAUUUACUGGGUCGGUGCCCACUGGAAAGAAGGUGAGGAUUAAAUAUAUAGAAGCUCCUAAUUUUAUUUUACACUGGUGAUUAUUUUUCCGGUUAACCCACUUAAGCUCUGGUAAAUUUUGCUGAGUAACAUGUUUGAGCUGUUUUCUGGGCAUUGUCUGGCUUAAUUUAGUGUCAAAACUGCCCAAACUACUGCUUAUGAUGAGUCAAGCAUUUAGCUUUUUUGACCAUCUGUGCCUAUAGAUGCAAAGUGUUUUGCAUGGGCAUGCACAGAAAACACGAUUUUGCUAUAGUCUUUGGGUUUGAACUCCUCCCCCCCCCCUUUUCUUUCACUUUUCUAUGCCCCAUUUUUUGUUGUUGUUCUGUUUGGAAUUUUCCAGGUGUCAUUUUGGUACAAAAAGUUUUAGGAAAUUUUUUAGGAUUUGUAGGAUUAGAGGGAAGAAAGUGUAGGAGGGUAGUGGAACAAGAUUUUCAUUGGAAUUUUUGGGUCCAAUUUUUAUAUUUUUUCCAUUUUUCUCCAGUCUCCUUGACUGAAUUAUGCUUAUUCUGGCAUAUUGUUUGAAAUAUCUCUUCCUCCUGCAUGUCAAGUCAGAUGACAAAGUUGUCCUUGACCAUUAAAACUGAUGAUGUCACAAGUGGUACAAGGGAUGUGGAUUGGCAUGGGUGGUUAGGGGUAGUUCAGGCAGUUCAUGGGUUAAGAGUUAACAGGGCCAUCCUUAAAACAAAGCCUAAAGCAACUGGGUGAACAUGUGAGAUGGCUGGGUUCUGAACUCAAACCAAAGCUGUAGAUUAUGGCAGACAAAAAAGUCAACAUUUAUUUUCAUUGUAUCACUGCUUUCUCCUUAGGUCAUGGCAGAUGCAUCCACAGGUAUAAAACAUGUCACACUUGAGCUGGGAGGAAAGUCUCCACUGCUCGUGUUUUCUGAUGCUGACCUGGAAAAUGCUGUUAAAGGAGCCAUGAUGGCAAACUUUCUUACUCAGGGAGAGGUAUGUUUCUUAUCCCUAUGAGAGUCAAAUCACGUAAAUUAUAGUGGUAAUGUUUGUGAGAUUUCCUUUCUUAUGUAAAUUUUUAUUGAAGUAUAUUUGUUACAGGUCAAAAUUAUAUUCAUAAUUAUAUUUAUAUUUACUUGAUGCUGACAGGUCUGUUCUAAUGGAACCCGAGUAUUUGUGGAAAAGAGCAUCUUAGAUGAUUUCCUCACAAAGUUGGUUGAGCGCACUAAAAAGAUCCGAGUUGGAGAUCCCAUGAACCCAGAUACUCAGAUGGGUGCCCUAAUCUCUGAGGAACAUCUUCAUAAGGUGUUGGAGUAUGUGAGAAUAGGACGUGAGCAGGUAUGUGACCUUUGACAAAAUUAUUAUUAUUAGGGGGGUGGUUAAAACAAUUGCACUCAACAAUUACCCUAGUGGGGGAGGCUCACAUUUUUGGCCUAAAUGGAUACCGGUAUGUGCUGCUGAACAGGGUAUGUGCAUGUGUAGGUUGAUGAUGAGUGGUCUUCAUAAUUAUGUGGUACCAGCAAAACUAAGUUAGUAAUGUAAGUUUGAAAUAUUACUUAAUCCUGUAUGUAACAUGAAAUGUAUCAGGGUCAUAAAAUAACACCUCAUGCCUUUAACAAGAUAGCAAAAUGAACCAUUUUUGUCUUAAACAGGAUCAGGGUUUGAAGGCCUCAUCGGCACACCUCUACCCAAACUGCCCUUGAGUGCCCCUCCCAUCCCCCCUCCAGGACAAGGAACCACCUUCUCUUGGGUUGAUAGGGCUCUACGAGACACCAUCCACUUAACAAGCCCUUAAAAAUAGGCGGAAAUUGAAAGCUUACUUUGCCAGACAAACCGAUCAGGGGGCACAAGUUAUAUCUUAAAAGGUGUGUGUUUGCCUUUUAGGGUGCCAAGGUUCUUUGUGGAGGUGAACGUGUUAGACUUGAUGACCACAGGUUGGCCAAUGGGUUCUACAUGUCACCCUGUGUCAUGACUGACUGUACAGAUGACAUGACCGUUGUCAAGGAGGAGAUAUUUGGUCCUGUCAUGACUGUACUGUCAUUUGACUCUGAAGAAGAAGCCAUAGCAAGAGCCAAUGACACAGAGUUUGGGUUGUCUGCUGGGGUCUUUACCAGGUACAUUAUGUAGAACUUAUAUAGGUAUUGUUGUGCGUCAUAUCAGUGAGAAACAAAUGAUGGCAUGGAGAAUUAACUCUGGAGUGAUAAUUUAAGUGCCAUAUUUACCUCCCAACCUUAUCUGAGUCAAAUGCGUGAGUUUUUCGUCUUGUCAUGACCGGCAUUUCCGAAACGUCCCCGCGACGUUCGCAGAUUUCCGACGAUUUGCCGAAGACUUCCGAACGUUGUCGAAAAUGUCCGAAGAUGUCCCGACGACCUUUGAGCAUUUGCAAAGCUAAGUUAUUAUGAAGUUUUCGUUAUUGUUUUGUAUUUCAGUACUCUAUAAAAUUAUAGACUUUAUGUAUCCUGAUUUUGCAGAGAUCUUGCUCGUGCCCAUCGCGUUAUCUCCAAGCUUCAAGCGGGGUCUUGCUGGAUCAACAAUUAUAAUAUGACACCAGUCGAAGUGCCUUUUGGUGGUUAUAAGAUGUCGGGCGUUGGCCGAGAACUAGGUGAAGACACCAUUGAUUACUACACACAGGUCAAGUCAGUUUAUGUUGAGAUGGGGGAUGUUGAGUCACCGUUUUAAAAUGUGUCAUGGUCGUGUUUAUAAGAGUCAAUGUGCCGUGAAAUUGCGUAUACAGCCCAACGAUUAAGAAGAAAUUACGCCUUGGAUGGGUCGAUUUAGUUUUUUAAGAGAUAUGAUUUUAGACUUUUACUCAGCUAAGCAGCUACUCAGCUAAGCAGCAGAGCAUCAAGUAGUCUUGAGAUUACUGUUGAUUCUCAGAAGACUGUAUUGCCCACUACAAAUCGUCUUCCCUUCCAAUGGGAGUUGGUCUUUUAUCUUUCUGGAAAGACCGAGGGCGUACAAGCGCCUCUUGUUUGUAAGAAUUUUAUCUGCAUAUUUGAUAUCGGGCCCGAAAAGUUAACGGGACUCUUGAGAAACGGGCUCCCGGUCAUAAUGUUGCCCCCGAAAUAACAAGUAAAGUCGUGAACGCGUGCCCUCUCCAUUUCUCAUGUCAUAUAAGGACGUUCGAGGCGUGAAUCGUAAUAGUCUGCUACACAGCCGUUUUUAGUGUCGUCACGCAACGCUCCUCCCCACUAGUGGGGAGGAGCGUUGCGUGACGACACUAAAAACGACUGUGUAGCAGACUAGAAUCGUAACAGCUGAAUGGCAAUCAAUCCUGUUAUAAAAAAAAUAAACUUUAAAAGCCAAUUGGUUCGAUACGUUAACCCUGAAAAAUGGAAAUAUUGAUAAACAAAAGACCAAUUCCGAUAUAUUAAAAGUCAUACUUGGCUGCGAAAUGAAGAAGAAAUGUAUUGUUCAUUGCUGAGUCUCAAGAUGAUUUCUUUUGUUUUAUUCCCCAAGCCUCGAAGCCAAGUAUGAAUUUUGAUAUAUCGAAAAUGGUCUAUUGAUGUGAUAUUGUUUUCUGCGACCAAUGAGGAAACACCUUGCGAGCAGCUCCUACAUCA